AUGUCUCAUUCGAAAAGAGAUCAAAUCGGACCUUGCUUCUUGCCCACCGACGUUGAAGUGCAUUUUUUUCUCUCUGCCGCAACGAUACUGAGAGACGAAAGCCAACGCUCAGGCAACGCGGAAAAUGCCAAGCAAGACAGUUCGAGCUGCCGAGCAGUCCCAAGUUGCCGAACGCAGUUUUGGUUCAUGGUUCAGUUGUCGAGUCUCUGCCAUACGACCACGUGCUUUCAUCUGAACAGAAUGUAG